AUGGGAAUUGUGGAUCCAUAUGUGUUGAAUGUCCGGUCUUUCAUCAAAGACACAUUUUCGAAGGCGCCGGAUGCCGUCGAUCUCGGGUGCGGCGAUUUCAACGUUGGACGACGAAUUCGCAGUGCCGCAGACCAUUACGUUGCCUGCGAUGUCGUUCCCGCCAUGAUUGAGUACAAUCGGGUCGCUUACGCGGUCGAAGACGUUGAUUUUCGAGUCCUUGAUAUCGUCACCGCUGAGCUACCGCCAGGAGACGUAGUGUUUAUCCGGCAGGUACUACAACAUCUUAGCAACAAGCAAAUCUCAGAUUUUCUUCCGAAACUGGGCCAGUAUCAGUGGGCAAUCAUAACGGAGCAUAUACCUUUCGAUGACCCCUUUACACCAAACCAUGAUAUACUUACCGGAAACGUUAGAGUGAUGUUCAAUUCAGGUGUUGAGCUUACGGAGCCGCCAUUCAACUUGGUAUAUUAUGACAAGAAGGUCUUAUGCGAAUUGCGCGCGAAGGACGGUAGGAUCAGGACGGUGGCGUAUCAGCUACAAGAUACGAACCAACGAAGCUAG